AUGAACAGGUCGAAUUUGAUUAUUUUUCUCCUUUUUCUCCCCAAUUCCUUGGCGCAGGACGAGUUUUUGCCUGAUGAAGAAUGCGAAUCGAUGAAUUCGGAGGCUCUCAGAGAAAAGAUUCGAGAGGGACUUUGCAAACCCAUCCAAUUUGGAAGGGAAGAGGCUAGGUGAGGAAAAAUAAAGCGAAUCUUGGUUUUUUUGGCACUGCACUGUGCAGAAUUUUUUGUUUUCUUUUUUGCACUGUGCAAAAUUUUAUUUUUUGUUUGUUUUUUUUUGCACAGUGCAAAUUUUUUUAAUAUUUUUUUGGCACUGUGCAAAAUUUUUUCUUUUUUUCACUGUGCGAAAUUUUAUUUUUUGUUUUUUUUUUUGCAGAGUGCAAAAUUUUUUUAUUUUUUUUUUGGCACUGCGCAAAAAUUUUAUUUCAGCUUUUUGCACAGUGCAAAAUUUGAUUUCAUACUUUUUUGCACCGUGCAAAAUUUUAUUUUAGAUUUUUGCACGGUGCAAAUUUCAUUUUACAUUUUUUUGCACCGUGCAAAAUGCAUUUUUUAUUUUCUUUUUUGCACUGUGCAAAAUUUCACUUUAUACUUUUUCCACUGCGCAGUCUAAUUAUUUUACUUAUUUUUCACUUGCACGGUGCAAAAUUUCAUUUUUCAUUUUUUUCACUGUGCAAAUUUUUAUUUCCGACGUUUGCACGGUGCGGUUUUUCAAUUUUCUUUGGUUUAUCGCACAGUGCACUCUAAUUUUUCCGGUUUGACUCUGCACGGUGCAGAUUUUUAUUUUCAUUUUUUUUGCACAGUGCAAGCAAUCGAUUUGUCGCUCCUUUUGCACAGUGCGCCAAAAAAUUGUCUUUCUUUUGAUCGAUUGGCCGGCUGCACAGUGCAAUAAAAAAAAUUAAAAAAUUUUUUUUUUGAAUGCACGGUGCAGGAAAAAGAUUAUUUUUUUUUGCACGGUGCAAAAAUUAAAAAAAGUAAAUUUUGCUUUACUCUAUGUGCUGUUUAAAAAAAAAAAAAACUUCAGCACUACUACGACUCAAAAACCCAAACGAAAAUUGAUUUCCGCCCACACUAAGCGCCGAUUGAUGAAGAUUAUUUAUUUUGGAAAUCAACGAUAUCUGAAUGUGACGCUGAAUACCAAAAAAAAGGAGAGCAUACAAUUGUUGGAAGUGGUGGAAGGAACCUUUUUGGAACUGAAAUGCAACACAAAUAAUACACUGGCUAAUGAAACAGUAAGCUUUUUUUUGGGAUUUGAAAUUUGUGGGAAAUUUUUUGCACAGUGCAGGAUUUGGGAAGGACCAAAUUUUUUGCACAGUGCAAAAAAUACAUAAAUUUUUGCACAGUGCGAAGAAUAGGAAAAAUUUGCACUGUGCAAUGAAAGAAAAUAUCGCAGCAUUUUUGUAGCGCAGUGCAAAAAAAUUUGAAAAUUAGCACGAUGCGAAAAGCUCCCCCUUUUUCUGAAUUUUCCCUCAAUCUGAACUCUCCCCCUUCAGAACGCUCCCCCUUUUUGAACACUCCCCCUUGAAUGAACCCUCCCCCUUUUCAAACACUCCCCCUCAUUUUGAAAAUUGAAAAAACGAGGUGUGACAUCUUAUACGAUGAAUUUGAAAAUUCAAUUUGAAAAAAAAUUUCAUCGUAUAAGAAGUCACACCUCAUUCUUUUCAAUUUGAAAAAUUUUUUCAUCGUAUAACAUGUCACACCUCGUUUUUUCAAUUUUCAAAAUGGGGGAGUGUUCAAAAAGGGGGAGAGUUCAGAUUUUUUGGCGAAAAUCAAAAAAAAAAGGAUUUUUUUUAAUUUUUUUCAAAAUUUUCAGAUCUCCAAUACUUCCUUUCCGACAUGGUAUCUGGACGGUGUAAAAAUCAGAGAGCAUUUGGGAUGGCGAAUUCAAUUAUACGAUAACAACUCCAAGCUUGUCUUUUCUCCGACGAUUCCAGAGCUCGACAGCGGUUUAUAUGAGUGUAUCUUGAAUGGAGAGACGGCUGGAUGGAUUAGAAUUGAGGUUUAUGCGUUGUGGGUGAGUUGGAGAAUCGAUUUUUUUUAAUUUGAAAAAAUGGCCAGAAAAAUUUUUUUUCUGAUUUUGCUGAAAAUUGGCAAAAAAUAAAACUAAAAAAUGGAUAAGGCAUGCUACAAAUUUUUAGCUUGCAUUUUACAGAAUUUACUGACAGGGGAAGUACUUCAAGUGCGACGCUCAGAUUUUGAUGAAACUUGGCACAAAUUUAGAAUAAUUUUUUCUAAGAUACAUGCGAGAAUCUUAGCUCGCACUUUGCGGAAGAAACCGAGAUUUUUAGAUCGAAAGUGGGCGAAAUUUUAGGAAUUUUUGCCGAAUUUCGUCACGAAAAGUUUCAUGCCUGUUUUACCGUAAAGGAUAAUGUGUCUACAAAAAAUCAAAUUUUUCCGCACGAAACUGCCAAAAUUAUGGCCAAAAAGGUGUUUUCUCUCUGACCGCUCUCCACGUUUAGCGUGCUCUCUCGACUGCAAAAAUCGUUCGAUAUCUCGGCGGUGCCCGCAAAGCGCGAGCUAAAACUUUCAGGAAUUGAUAUUUAGAUCGUAUCCGACGUGUGUGCAAAAUUUAAAGAAAAUCGAAGCGUCGCACUUGGAGUACUUCCCCUGUGAGAUUUUUAGGUUUAAAUUUAUUGAACUUUUGACAUUUUUAUUUUUUUUCCUUUUUUUGAAGAUGACUAACAUCCGAUCACUUGACUUCGUAUUUUACAAUGAUUUUUUGACUAUAUUUCUUUAAUUUCCAGUGAUAUUUUCACUUUUUAGGACUCAAUUCUGGAUGGAUUUAUCAAUUACAUAGUGGUGAUUCUCGUUGGCUCCCCGAUUUUUUUCAUGAUCUUGGCUUGUCAAACAUUCGCCAAAUACCGGAGCAGCAUCCAAGAAGAUCCGCUUUUCAUUGGCGAAGAUCCGGAGGCAGAAGAAAAUUACGAAGAAUUGAUGAUGCAACUCAAAGACGCGGAACUCUAUCGAUAG